AUGCUCACAAUUAAUGGAACAUGCAAUUCGACGCUGGAGGACAUGCUGAUUGGCUCAUCUGAAGUUCAAAUCGCGGGGAGUUUAACAUUCCAUGGUCUAGGUCUCGUAAUAUCAGGAGGAACUGCAUUAAUCGCUGUGCUGCUCUCAUUCUACCUCAUCUGGAUGCAUGCGAUCCAUUAUACGAAACCUUACGAGCAAAGACAUAUUAUACGUAUCCUCUUCAUGAUACCCGUCUAUGCGAUAGCGUCCUUCUUCUCCUUCUGGUUCUACUGGCACGCGAUAUACUUCACCGUAAUCUACGAAUGCUACGAAGCCUUUGCGAUCGCGUCUUUCUUCGCCCUACUGUGCCACUACAUUGCGCCGGACCUGCAUGAACAGAAAGAAUACUUCCGGAGUAUCGAACCAAAGCCAUGGGUAUGGCCGCUUUCGUGGGCAAAGAAGUGUUGCGGUGGAGAGAGGGGAUGCUGGAGAACGCCAAGAAGCGGGCUGACGUGGUUUAAUAUAAUUUGGACUGGAGUAUAUCAAUACUGUUUUAUAAGGGUUUCCAUGACAGUUACAGCGGUUAUCACGCAAUACUUUGGCAAAUACUGCGAGUCCUCCAACUCGCCCGUAUUUGGGCAUAUCUGGAUUCUGAUUAUUGAGGGUGUCGCGGUCACAAUCGCCAUGUUCUGCUUGAUCCAGUUCUAUAUUCAGCUGCGGAAAGAUCUCGCUGACCAUAGCCCGUUUUUGAAGAUUGCGGCCAUCAAACUCGUAGUCUUCCUCUCUUUUUGGCAGAGUUUCGUGCUCAGUGUUCUCACAUCUUCUGCUCUGGGUGUCAUUAAACCCACAAGCACACUGGCCUAUCCAGACUUGAAGGUUGGAAUUCCCUCCCUGCUUAUCUGCGUUGAGAUGGCCAUCUUUGCGCUUUUGCAUCAAUGGGCUUUUCCAUGGCAAGAAUACGCCAGAGGAAGCAUGGGAUCAAAAUAUCCUGUAUCCGGGGAGCCUUUCAAUGCGCAAGGCCCCAAGCAGGGAGGAUUCAUGGGCGUCAAAGCCAUUGCCGAUGCUAUGAACCCUUGGGACUUGAUAAAAGGGUUUGCACGUGGAAUGAAGUGGUUGGUUUUCGGCGUGAGAAAGCGCGAGAACGAUGCCUCAUACAAGAACGGCUUCGAUAUCAACAAUCCAAACAACCAGAAUGAUAUGGCGUUGGAGGGGGGUAAUGGGUACAAAGGUACGGACAAUCUCCCAAUCGCCAACGAGUUCAGGCGGAGUAAAUUUGGGAUGCCGAGCCCUCUACCAGGAGAUGAAGGAGCCGGCUUGAUAGCGCACGCGCAGCCUAAUCCAUUAAAGGCUGGAGGAUAUGUUCCAGCUAGACAAAGAUACGACGCGGAGGGACAAGAUAUAAAUUCCGGUGGCCAAUACAACGCCUAUGCUGAAUCAAAUCCCGACCGGCUUGUAGGCAUCCACCCAUCACCCGGAACCGUCAGGCGGCAGGACGCAGAUAUCGGCACGGCCGUCUCAAUAGAACCGGAAGUAUAUCACGCCCACGGCAUCCCAGAUCCAUACAUAAAGCCCCCGCAAGCAGACGCGUAUCUCGAGCACUUACGCACCGAGCGCAGGCAACAGAAACAACCGAGCCCGUCUGAGCAAUGGGCGAAUUCCAGUCGGCCAGUCAGGUCGGACGAUGAUAUAGAUACGCAGCCGCAAGUACACAACGCGCUGUGGGGACAGAACCAGAAUUAG